UGACAUCCGUGGUGUCCCAUGUGGAUGUGGGUCCAACCCUGGCCCCAAAGAGCUGUCACAGCUCAGUCCUCUCCUCCACUGCACCCCCACCCCCUUCCCAAGCCCCUGGCAGCCCCAGCUCCCUCCAGAGCCAAUCCAAGCCUGGGGCUGGCUCUGUUUGGUCUCUCCCUGCUUUAUUAAGGCAACUAUUUUUUUGUCUGUAAAUACACACACUACAUUCAAACCUUCUCUCUCCUCCAGGUUUUCCCUUUAACCCCACGGCCAUCCCCAGGGCUGUACUUUGUUAGAGGAUCUCAAGUCUCGGAUUUAAAAUUAGUUGACUGCUUCUCUUUAAUAAAAUUAUUCCUGCCCUCUUUAAAUAGCACAAUAUGUCACAGAAAGCCGGUGGGUCCGUUCAUGAAGAUGAGGCAGCUCAGAGAGGAAAAAGAGAUGGAAAAAAAAAAAAAAGUAAAACCAUACAUCUCCCCAAACCCCUUCUGCCUAAUCCAACUGAAUUAGAGGAUUUCGAAGUGGAUUUAAAACUAAAUCUUGAUUAGGGAGAAUUUCUCUCCAAGAGCUGCUGCACGGUGGUAUUAAUGGGAAGUGAUCGUGGACAGAGGAAAUAGGACAGAAAUAACUGAGGGUAGCACAUACGCACUCAGGUCUGUGCAUGAACUGAAAGAAUCAGAGAAUUUCUCAAGAGGAAAAGGGAGAAAUUAAGCAUCGACAUAAGGAGACUGGGUGCCACGGGGCUGGCUGGAGAAGCUUGGAGAAGCCAGAGCCCUGCUGCACCGACGGCAUUUCCCUCUAUCCCGGCAGAGAGGUUUGCAGGUGAAGAGGAGGCGACGAGCACGGCUGGGAAAAAGAGCUCGGAGGAGAGGAAACCUCUGCCCGCUCCCCCAGACCCCGGUGUUCGUCCUCUGAGCCCUGGGUGGACUCCAGGAUCUGCCCCCCAUGCUCUGCAGACACAUGCCUGGAGGUGCCCAUGGGAUCCUGUCUCUGAUGACCGUGGUGUUCGUCCUUCCAGAGGUGUCUGGACUCCAGUGCUAUGGCUGCAACAUCGUGGUUGGCACCAAAAACGUGGACAUGGGGUGCUCUAACCCCGAGGUGAUCACCUGCUCCCAGUCCCACCAGGGCUUCAAGCACCGGUUCUGCAUUAAGACAGAGAGCGUGGUCCUGGGCAUCCUGCUGACCAGCGGCUGUGCCACCUCCCGCCACUGCCAGCAGCAGGAGCUGCCGGGCGUCCGCAUCCACUGCUGCGACACCGACCUCUGCAACGGCUCCCCCAGAGCCCCCCGGCCUCCCCCCGGCCUCGCGGGCGGCCACCUCCUGCUGCCCUGCGUCCUUGCUGCCCUGCUCCUCUCCUGAGCCCCCCGGGGCUUGAGGGGAUGCGGGAUCCUGGUGGGAUGGGUGCUGGGAGCAGGGAUGUCCCCAUCGCUGCUCCUACGGGCGGGCAGGACGCCCUCCUCUCCCCUUUCCUCAAUAAAAUGUGCCCAGUGUUU